GAACGCAAUUGAAAACAUUAGUUUGAUGUAACCGUUUUUGAAGUGAGAAUUUUCAAACACGGAUUCCUUGGAAGUCAUUUUUACGUUCACUGAGCACGUGCGAUAGUAAGGAAAUUACCAAACGACUCUAUUAGAUUUAAUAUUUUACACUGGUGCAAAAAUGCCGCGAACGAAACAUAUUCGAAAACCUAAACAGGAACAACAAGUUGUGGAAGAAAGCGAUUUAUUAGUAAAAGAUUUUGAGCGACAAGCUCAUUUACGAAUAUUAAAAAUGGAAGCGGAAGGAAAAAUGGCAAUAAAAAGUCUGGAAACGUUUAUUGAUGUUAUUCUGUCUCGGCUUCCAGCAGAGAUACGGCAAAUGACCCUUGGCGAUAUAUUGAAUUACGAAAUUGACGUUAAAAAUGAAAAUUGCACUGAAGUUUCGUCAUCUGUCGAUGACUUUUCAUUGCCACCGCCCUCGACAACAGCAAAAGGUAAAACUGUGAAAAGAAUUACUACUGUGUCCGACGAUGGAUAUGUAACUGAAGGAGUUGCAACGACUCGUGUCUCAAGAGCUCAAAAAAAUGUUGAACCACGAAGAAACACAAGACGGACACAAAGCAGUUCUAGAAACAGUCAAAUGAAGCUUAAUGAAGUUAACCAAGAGACUGUAAAGAAAAUUAGGAAAGACCGUGGUAAACAAUUCACAAAAGCUGAUAAAUUUAAAACUCCUUCAUUUUUAAGACCUGAGAACAAUGAGUAUGGUCUUGUGACUCCAAAGAUCAAACCCAAUACACCAUUAAAUGUAUUAAGACGUCCAAGGCAGGGUGAAAUGGUUCUCAGUAUGCAAGGUAGCCCAUUGUUGGUUUCUUCAAUUGUGCAGGAAGAUAGUGCCAAUAUUAAUGUUCCUUUGCGUAAUGGCAAUGUGAUGUCUUUGCUCCCUCAAGGUGGACUACGUAUGUCAAACAUUCCUACAUUAGAUCCAGAGACCAUGAAGCAAUUAGAAACUCUUAAAAGUCAUCUUGAGAAAGUUAUUUCAGCAAAAUGA